AAGUGUAAGAGAGAAUUUUUAACUUUGGGUCAUUUUGGGAUCACUAAGUUUGGUUGUGAAUCAGGUCUGGUCAGAUUCGUGUCGGGUUUUGGGUAGCAUCAAAAUGGCCACCCCUCUCAACUCUCGGUAUGAUAGUAGAAGAACAUGUGAAAUCCUAAGCAUCUCUCUUCAUUUCUUAACCAUGGCUUCACAGCCUAGCCAUUUGCUUAUGCUGAUCUUCAUUACAAUUUCACACUUCACAUACAGUGCUUUAGCUAACUCAAACUCUUACAUUGUGCAUUUGGAUAUAUCAGCUAUGCCGAAACCCUUUACUAAUCCCCACAGCUGGUACAUGGAGUCUGUGUUAUCUUCAUUGCCAUCUUCAAGAAUAAUCUACACUUAUUCUAAUGUCAUCCAUGGUUUUAGCGCAAUUCUCUCUGAUUCCGAACUCCAAAGAGUUCGAGAAUUUCCAGGCUAUGUUUCUUCCUACAGAGACACGAAUGUAGAACUCGACACCACUUAUUCCUCCAAGUUCCUUGGCCUAAACGUCGAAAAUGGUGCAUGGCCUAGGUCGAAUUAUGGGAGCGAUGUCAUCAUCGGAUUUGUUGACACAGGCAUCUGGCCGGAGAGUGAAAGCUUCAAUGAUCAUGGAAUGUCUGAAGUUCCAUCAAAAUGGAAAGGGCAAUGUGAAGUCGGCUUACAGUUUAAUUCUUCGCUGUGCAAUAGAAAGCUUGUUGGGGCGCGGUACUUUAACAAAGGCUUACUAGCUGCUAAUCCUAACACAAGCAUUGCUAUGAAUAGUCCUCGAGACACGGAUGGACAUGGCACUCAUACCUCAUCAACAGCUGCCGGAAAUUAUGUGAACAAUGUUUCAUAUUUCGGUUAUGCCUCCGGGACUGCCCGAGGCAUUGCUCCGUCUGCUCGUGUUGCUGUCUAUAAAGCUGUGUUUAAAGAAGGUGCAGUCAGUUCUGAUAUUCUAGCUGCAAUUGAUCAAGCAAUUGAGGAUGGGGUCGACGUUUUAUCUUUGUCAUUAGGGUUGUCUGGUUAUGCCUUGUACGAAGAUGCUGUUGCCAUAGCCACAUUUGCAGCUAUGGAGAAGGGGAUUUUUGUGUCUACUUCAGCAGGAAAUGCAGGGCCUUAUCCCAAGUCAUUACACAAUGGCACGCCAUGGGUGCUAACAGUUGCAGCUGGCACAUUGGACCGUGAGUUUCUCGGGGAUGUAAUACUUGGCAAUGGGGUCGUACUCACGGGUCAGUCUCUGUAUCCUAAUAUGGAUCUAACGACGAGGCAAGAUUUACCAGUGGUGUUCAUGAACGAAUGUGACAGUAUCAAUGAGUUGAAGAAAAUUGGACAAAAACUUGUGGUGUGCUAUGACAAAGAAGAUCAAAUACGUAAACAAGUUCAAAAUGUCGGCAGUUCAGAAGUCACCGGAGGCGUCUUCAUAACAAAUACUUCUGACCUGGGAUUCCUUCUUCAAAGCUCAUUUCCAGCUGUUUACCUGAAUUUGGAAAACGGUGAAAUCAUUUUGAAUUACAUGAAGACCAUUAGUAAUGAGACCAAAUCUGCGAGGUUUGAAUUUGAAAAAACGAGAAUCGGAACUAAACCAGCACCUAAAGUGGCUAGAUUUAGCUCAAGAGGACCAUCCGAGAGCUGCCCGUUUAUAUUAAAGCCUGACAUCAUGGGUCCCGGUGACUACAUCUUAGCUGCUUGGCCUCCAGAUAUUCCAUCGAGUCACCUCAGGGAUGGGCAGGCCUUCAGUGAUUUCAACGUCUUGUCCGGUACAUCAAUGGCUUGCCCUCAUCUAGCAGGAGUUGCAGCGCUACUUAAACAGGCACAUCCUGAUUGGAACCCUGCAACUAUACGAUCGGCUAUGAUGACAACGUCUGAUUUUUUGGACAGUUCAUUGCAACCCAUCCAAGAUAUUGGAACCCAGAACCAAGUAGCUACACCUUUAGCCCUUGGAGCUGGUCACGUAAACCCUAACAAGGCCUUAAACCCCGGGCUUGUCUACAACGUGAGUUCAGAAGAUUACAUUAGACUUCUUUGUGCAUUGAACUUCACUAGAAACCAAAUUCAAACCAUCACCAGGUCAGCUUCUUUUGAUUGUUCCAAUUCAACACUAAACCUCAACUACCCCUCGUUCAUUGCAUACUUCAACACAAACGAUACGGUUGCUAAUGGUACUACUGUACAAGAGUUUGAGAGGACACUGACUAAUAUUGGAGACGAAAUGUCUACGUAUUGGGCAAACUUCACACAAAUGGAAGAACUAAAAAUUAGUGUCGAGCCAGAUCGAUUGGUUUUCAAGGAGAAGUAUGAGAAGCAAAGCUACAAGUUGAGUAUUGAAGGUCCAAAGAUGUUGAAAAACAAAGUUGUUCAUGGUUCUAUCAGCUGGAUAGAAAGUAAAGGUAAGCAUGUAGUCAGAAGUCCUAUUAUUGCAACAAAUAUCAGCUCAAAACUACUAGCUAACUAAGCAUCUUUUGUUUCAUCUUGUGAAAUAAACUUUUACCAUACGAAUAAGCAUUUCUAGUACACAUGACAUGCAACAUAUGUUCUUCAUCAAGAAUUUAUGU